AUGCGGUCACAUUUAGCUGCUCAUACGCAAGAUUUUCUUAGGUGAUACAAGUGUAUUUCUGAUCACUGGAUUUGGUGAGACAUGACCAAAGAUCAAACAGGACAAUGGGUGAACAGAAGCAUAGAUAACAACUGGUUUAAUAUGACAGGGAAUGAAAUAUGUUUUUAUCUUAAUGAAGAUGGUGUUGCAAAAGCUAGAUGCUACACAGAAAGAAAAUGGAUUUGCAGGAAAAGAAUGCACUGA